GGUUGAAAAUGAGGGGAUUUUGAAAAGCGUAUCUUCAAUUGCUCAUCUAUAGAGGUUCUCAUUUCUCUUUCAAUUGCUUGUUUUUCCUCUAGUUUCCUGUCAUUCUAUCUCACCUUUUUGAUUAGCAAAUAAGGAUUACCAUUUGAAUUGAUUGGCCUUUUUGAAUCUUGCUAUUGACAUUGUGGUCGGAGCCUCAGGGUAUUCUAACACGGCUCUCGUUUCGAAGAAUUGCUGCUACGGUGACGGAAUGUGUGACUGAAGACCUGGAAAGUUUCCCGAGAAGAACACCGAAGUUAUACUUGGAACCCUUAGAGCUUCACCAUCGACCCCGCUGGCGUUGAAUGAGUUUCUCCAGUACGCAGGAACGAAUACAUUGUUGAAAUAGCUUCCCAGUAACGAACAAAGAAAUAUUCGGUCGGACAUCAAUAUCCAUUCUAUCUCGUUUCUCCACAGGUCCGCGCAUCAAUAAUUCAUCAUUGAUCGACAACUUCAACGAGGAUAUCAUAAUAAGGUAUGAUGGAUCGCCGACCACCAUAUAUAACUGUACCCAGCUAUCCCUCUCUUCUCAAACAUGGAACAUCCCACCCCUCGCCUCUUUCCCCCCUAACUCCACCUCGACGACUCCAUCAACGCAGCCUGCUACCCAGCCCACCCAUCUCGCCACAUCUUCACAAACCCUCACCUCCAAUACCUUACCCAUGGAUUUGGCGCUGUCACAUAUGUCACUCCGUUUAUCGUCUUGGAGUCACCCGUCGCUGCCUCGAAGAUGGCCAUUACUUCUGUUCCAUGCCCACUCCACCCCCAUCCCCACAGACUGCCUCUCCCGUAUCCCCAUCUCCCUCCACUAGCUCCCUUUCUUCCCUGAUUCCCCCCAAAAGGAAAAAGAAGCGCCGUCGCCAACCCCGUGGCUGCCGCGCCGAAUUUGACUACACAGGCUGGGAACAUUACAACCACUGGCGACGGGACAUCUCUCUCCUGAAAACCGAAUCUCGUUCCCUGCACAACCCACACUUCAUCCCUCCAUUAAAGAUAGGCAAAGAUUGUUACCGCGACUGCGAUUUCCCCUCGGAAUGUCAAACCCUACACUUACGACCGGCAGUAACCCCCAAAACGCGACAAAAAAGCGAGCCGGAGUUAAUUUUCCCCAUUUCUCCCAUCAGUGCCGAGGAACGUCAACGCAUAGAUGAUGAACGAGAAGAUCAACAGUUGAUAUUUGAUAUAGCAGCUACUACACCCCCAGCUACUCGUGCUCAUGGCGAAUUCCACAAUUCCGCAAAUCUCAUGCCCGAUAUCUUGUCUCCCGAUUUAAGUAUGCUCGUUGAGCGCGAACGACGCAAGAGUUUGGAAGCGGAGAAACGCGGAUUAGAGCACGAGGCACAAUUUAUUGUCAGUCCUCUAACAAGCCAUACCGCCUUUGGGGAUAUAAAUUAUAGCGGUAGUGGAUCUACGAGUCCGAAAGGAAAAGAGCGUGAAAAUGAAAGACAGGAAGCGAAAGAUGGUUUGGGAGUCUCGUAUCCUCCUGAGCUAGAUGAUCUAGCAGGAGAAGAAGAAACAGAAGAGAAUGAACAGGGAUAUGUGAGAGAAUUCAUACGGGUGAAGAAACGGAAAAGUAUUGCGAAGAUUGAACAGCUCACGGGAUUGAGGUUAUCAGAAGUACAGUAUGGAAAAAUGGUAGGAGAGGUGGUGGAUGGAGAUUCGGAGGGAUCGAUGGUGGGAGAGGGAGAGGGAAGCAUAAGUCGGCGAGCUAGUGUAGAGAUUGAAAGUCCACCCAGCAGUCCGUUGAAGAUUUUUUAUACAGUAGAGGAUAGUGAUGAUGAGGAUGAUCUUGAUGAGGUCACCCCUUGGGAUGAACAUAGGAGGAAGCAUAUUCGAUAAUGGUCCACAUUUGUUUAAUUCGAGUAACUUUGUGGACCUGCA